AUGGCCUCCAUCAACCUCCGAUUCCGCCAAGCAACUGUUGAAGACGCGAGGCAAAUUCAGCAACUUGUUGAAUCCGCGUUUCGCGCGAUAGACAGCAGGCCGGACUGGACUGGGAAUGCGGAACUCGCGUCAACCUUUCGAAUCAGUGUUGAAGAAGUAAUGCCCAGGAUUGUCAACCCUGACAAUGCGGUUCUUAUGGCCUUGGACGACGCCGAUAACCUGGUCGCUUCUAUCGAGGUCGCCAAGCGCGGCAUUAACUGUGGUCGCAUUUCCAUGAUUGCAGUCAACGAACGCUAUCAAAAAGGCGGCGUUGGACGUUCGGUCCUUGCUUAUGCGGAAGCGUAUAGCCGACAAACUUGGAAUGUGGAAAAAUUCUCACUCAACGCCCUGUCGACGCGCAAGACACUGAUUGAAUGGUAUAUGCGUCAAGGAUACCAGAAGACGGGAGAAACGUCACCAUUUCCACGAGAGAGGUUCACCACUGUGGCGUUGCCCGAUGACAUUUGCUUUAUCGAGAUGGAGAAGGAUUUCAGCAGCACUGGUGAGGAGGGACAGUCGAUCUAG